AUGAAUCACAUUGACCUUUUGAAGGUCAAAAAAGAGCCGCCGUCGAGUUCGGAAGAAGCCGAGGAAGAAGAAUCUCCGAAACAUACGAUUGAGGGAAUUUUGGAUAUAAGAAAGAAAGAGAUGAACGUCUCAGACUUGAUGUGUACCCGAUCCUCGACACCUCCGACCUCAUCAUCCGUCGACUCAAUCAUAACCCUGUGGCAAUUCCUUCUAGAACUACUGCAACAAGACCAAAAUGGUGAUAUAAUCGAAUGGACACGCGGAACGGACGGCGAAUUCCGACUGAUUGAUGCAGAAGCCGUGGCGAGAAAGUGGGGACAACGGAAGGCGAAACCGCAUAUGAAUUAUGAUAAACUGUCGAGAGCGUUACGAUAUUAUUAUGAGAAGAAUAUUAUUAAGAAGGUGAUCGGCAAAAAGUUCGUAUAUCGCUUUGUAACUACUGACGCCCACGCUCCGCCGACCGCCGACUUUUCCUCAAAUAUGAACAUGAAGAUGUGUUAUGUCAAAGACGAGAAGGACAUUCGACACGAGAUUCCGUCGUUUAUGACGUCAUUACAAGCACCGCCGCCGCCGCCUCCACCACCUCAAAAUCCACGUGGCAACACGGAUUUCUCGGCGCUGAGCCUUCUUGGGACGGAUUCACCGACGACGCACAGUGUCAGCACACCAAGUCCAACAGAUAGUGUGUGCUCCCCGUCAAGCAGUGUGGCCUCCUCGGCGACUCCAUCCACCUCAUCCCCUGUAGAUGAGUCCCGACAAUGCCGAAAACGAUCCCUAUCGCCCUCCACGACGUCAUCGACGACUGCACCGCCGCCGCCGCCGCAGCCGCCAACGAAAAAAGGAAUGAAGCCGAACCCGCUGAACCUGACAGCAACCUCGAAUUUCUCCUUACAACCGUCAAUCUCGUCUCCACUUCUGAUGCUUCAGCAACACCAUCAAAACUCCCCGCUAUUCCAAGCACAGAUCAGUCAACUGUACACGUACGCAGCGCUGGCGUCUGCCGGGCUUUAUGGACCACAAAUAUCACCACAUUUGGCGUCCCAGUCACCGUUCCGAUCACCACUGGUAACACCGAAAAAUUUGGGGCUCGGCGAGCUUGGCAGCAGUGGUAGGACUCCCGGUCUUGGCGAGAGUCAGGUGUUCCAAUUCCCGCCGGUCUCCGCAUUCCAGGCCACAAAUCCGCUGCUAAACACAUUCUCCAACCUUAUCAGCCCGAUGGCCCCGUUUAUGAUGCCCCCAUCACAGUCGAGUACCUCGUUCAAGUUCCCAUCGUCAACGGAUUCUUUAAAAACACCUACAGUACCCAUAAAAAUGCCAACUUUGUAGUUUGAACUUUGGAGCGAGAAAAAAAUAAAAAUUUUCGAAAAGCAAAUUUUUUUUUUCGGACAUUUUUUUCCCAUUUUUUUUUGUUAAACUUUGCCAUGGGUUUUCGAUAGUCUUCUUUUUCCAAUUCCCUCUUCAUUAUUCCAAAAAAUCAAUCAAUAUUUUGUAUUCUCCAUGAUCUCCCCCACCGGAUGAGAGAGCGAGUCGUGUAAAUCUCAAUAAAAACUUUAACUUUUCUUUUUUUUUACUUUCCAUAUAUAUUUUUUUAUUCUGCCCUCAAAAUAUUCGCAAUAAUAAUAUAAUUUGUAUAUUUUGUGCCUUCACCAUGUCGUUUAUUUGGUUUUUAGUGCAUUUUUUACUUGUUUUUACCCCAAUUUUUGUGUUGAUUUACUAGAAGAAAUGAAUAAUUUGUCAAA